UGGAAAUAACAGCAUUGUUGAUGCCGCCUGCUUCUUCUAUGCUGUCCUAUGGGUCCAGCAGCAUCACCCUGGCAGAUCUGACUGCUGCAAUUCCCCACUGAAGCAGGGGUGUUUCCCAAGCCCUUUGCAACCUGUGCCACCGGCAGCUGGUUAGGGAAAGAGGACAUGCCCCCACCAAAGCUCCGGUGCUCCUUUCUCUCCUUCUCACUCUCAGGUGGCUCCAGGGUCUCCUCCCCAUCUUCACCUACCUGCCACCAUCCAGCUCUUGAUCACCUCUCAGCAUCAGGAAAAGGUCCCUGCAGUCUGACAAGAAGAUGCCAGGGGGAUUGAACAUCUCUUCUGACAGUCUGGAGCUACAAGCAGCAGGGAUUAUUGUGCCCAUCAUCUUCUCCCUCAUCUUCCUUGUGGGUACUGUGGGAAAUGGGCUGGUGCUGGCUGUGCUGCUGUGGAAUGGCCAAGUCAAGUACUCCACCACCAACCUCUUCAUCCUCAACCUGGCUGUGGCUGACCUGUGCUUCAUCAUCUGCUGUGUCCCUUUCCAGGCCACCAUUUACACCCUGGAUGGGUGGCUCUUUGGGGCCUUUGCCUGCAAGGCUGUGCAUUUCCUGAUCUACCUCACCAUGUACGCCAGCAGCUUUACCCUGGCUGCCGUCUCUGUUGACAGGUACUUGGCCAUUCGUUAUCCACUGAAGUCCCGGGACCUCCGCACAUCGCGAAAUGCAGGAGUGGCCAUUGUGGUAAUCUGGUCACUGUCGAUGCUCUUCGCAGGGCCUUACCUCAGUUACUACCAGAUAAUCCAUUACCACGGUGUGCCCAUCUGUGUCCCCGUCUGGGAGGACCAGCGCCGAAAGAUUCUGGACAUCCUCACGUUUGUGUUUGGAUACCUGCUGCCUGUGACCGUGGUGAGCCUGGCAUACUCUAGGACCAUCAAGUUCUUGUGGACUUCUGUAGACCCCAUAGAAAGAAUCUCAGAGUCUCGGAAAGCCAAGAGUAAGGUCACCAAGAUGAUUGUCACAGUGGCCAUCCUGUUCUGCCUCUGCUGGCUGCCCCACCACCUGGUCAUCCUCUGCUUCUGGUUUGGCCACUUUCCCUUCAACCGGGCCACUUACGCUUUCCGCCUGGCUUCCCACUGCCUUUCCUACACCAACUCCUGCCUCAACCCCAUUGUCUAUGCCCUCAUCUCCAAGCAUUUCCGCAAGCGUUUCAAGCAGGCCUUCACCUGCCUCUUCUUCCAGAACAAGAUCAGGAAAAAGAAGAAGAAGAGAGUUGGAAGGAAAGUCCAUAUGGUCAGUGUGGAAAGAGGUUUUGCCAACAGGACAGGAGAUUUCUAUGGAGGUAACACUGAAGUGACCCAAGCCCCAGAAGAGAACACCAGGAAGAGGGACCAUGAAGGUGCCAGUCGUGACAGAGCAUGGACUCAGCAGGUACAAGAUGCUAUGGCCUCUGUUCAGAAGGAGCUACUGGAAGAGGAAGUUUUGGCAACAGCUGGCCAUUCCCUAGAUGUGACCCCUCUAAGAGGAACUGUUGGACAAGACCAAGAAGAAGCCCUAGAAAAGCACUAGAGAGGCAAGAAAGAAGUCUCUAUUUGCAUCAUGUUUUGGGCCCACAUCACAGUGGUUUUGCUUUCUUCCAGGAUCAUCAUGCCCACGCCUUAUCCCCACUGAGAUGGUUUUAUGUUAGAGCUCGCACAUUCAGACCCAUUACACUGAGUUCAAGUCCCCCAGAACUCCUCAAACACCUCCUCCAUGAUCCUGUAGUCAUGUCUGAGACCUGCCAUCAUCCCAGCUCAAUAUUCAUAGUAAAAUUUAAGUGACUGCAACAAACAUCCUUUUCUUUAAUUGCGUAUGGUGUUUUAUUAGUGAUGAGUGGAUCCUGAAUAUGUAACCCUUAAUGUGAGGCAGGUCUGCUGCACCUGUAAUUUCUUAAGAGAAGGUGAAAAUUGGGAAGCUUAGGAGAAAGUGUUUAGGGAAAGCUGUGGCAUUGUGGGACACCCAGACUUCCACAGUGAAGCUGGGAAACAGUUACAGGUUGUCAUGGCACUUGUGGGUGUCCUGAGCUCUGCAUGGACUACAAAAUCCUCUGGUCUCCUCACUUGUUCCCGUGCAUGGUGCUGGAAGUUGUGUCAAAAGUAAAGGAGUUUUGGCCCCAGCCAGUGCUGUAGGCAUUAUACAGUGGGGCUGGGUGACACCAGGCAGCUUGCAGAGCUGUGAUGUGCAUGAGCAGAGCCAUGAUCUCCCCCUUAUUUUUCUUCUUUUUCUGUUCCCUACUUCUGUUUGCAUAAAUCUUUCCUUUUUGCUUUGUCCUGCCCACUCUUAAUUCCCAGCUGACAAUGGUAUUUCUAAUGCUCACUGAAGCUGUUGUUCACCUUGCUAGAGCUCGGCUCCAAGGACAUCCCUUUUUCUGUGUGGAGGCUAACUGAAGAGGAAGGCCAACAGUGCUGGGAAUUAGUUUUCUUUUUUCAUUCAAGUGCUUGAUGUUGCUUUCUGCCCUUUGAGCCUCCCUUGCCUCUCUCCCUGUUUCUGAUUUUUCCACUUCUCUCCUUUCAUGGUGGCUGCCACUCCUCUACAGCGGAUCUCUUUCAGAAACGUGUCCAGUGUGCCUUCCUGGGAACAAGUGAGUUCUGCAGCCACCCUCUGCACAUUAUGCUAUGGCUGGUGGCCAGCUCACAUGGUCUCAUCAUUUCCUCAGGUGAAGACUCACUCCACAGCCCAAAGUGUUGGAGGGAGAAGGGAACAGCAGUCAGGAACAAUGAUGUGGCACAGCUGGACGCUGCCUGUUCUUGGCUAGAAGCAGCUGAGCUGUUGCUCACCCCUGAUCCUAUUCUUCCUAGUCCCAGAUUGCAAAUGGGGCAGAUCUGAUCAGGGCUGACUGCUGCACAUUGGGGUGAAGCCUAAAUGAAACAGGACAGAAAAGAUCUUGGGGAGAAUGUGCAUUUAGCAUGACAAGUGGCUGCAAGCCCUGGGCCCCUUCACUACGUUCUGCUUGGUGGCAAGUCCCAAUUUUGGGGAGCACAUGAGCAGGAAGGGCAGGUGCUGGGCCUGGGAUGGGAAGGCUCUGGAGCCAGAAGGGAAUUCCUGUCUAUCCAGUACCACUUUACAUGCUCCAACUGGUUUCUCAGCUCAAAAGCAGAGGUGAAGCAAAGAUGUCUCAUCCUUGAUAGAGAGACAGGUUUAAUUAAAACUGAAGGAGUUUGAUUGCUGCUUUCCACGCAGCCUUCCCUCCAGACUGAUUUGGCAUUCUGCAGUCUCUGCUCCCAGCUUCUUGCCUUAAUUAAUUACUCUUUUUCUCUUAUUUUCUAUCCUACUUUUUAUCACUCAGGCUGACAACCCUCAUCUUUAACCCUGCAGGGACUGGUUUGUCACAUCAGUAGAGUGCAGCUGUUCCCAGAUCUGGAACAGGGUAGAUGAAAUGGGAGAGGUGUAGAUGAAAUGGGAGCAGGUCAGGGUUUUGCAUCUAGUGGUAAGCAUCAGCUCUUCUCUGUGGAGUAACUUAGUUGUGCCAACCGUGUGCUGAUUCUGGUGUCUGCCAUCUCCCUGGCAUGUGUGACAUGAGCCUGACAUACUGGGAAGUGCCAGACCCAGGUGCUAAGAAGCUCAUCCUGCUUAUGACCUUGUGUGUAAAUCUGGCAGCCCUGGGAAGGGAAUUCUGGUUAUUUGCUUUUGGGUUUAGCUGCUGGUUGCUAAUCUAUGACCAGCAAGGUUGCCAGCUGAUUAUUUUAAUUCUUCCAUGUGCUCUCUUCCACUCUUAGAGAUUUCAUAAAAAACCCCAGAGGAAUGCUGUUUGCCAUACCUCCUUUAUCAUCUUCCUAAUCAAAACUUGCUGAUUCCUCCACCUAGUCACCCCACGGGCCCUGGCCUGCCCAGGGCUGCUCCCCCAGGCUGGCCAGGCACAGUGCAUGAAGAAGCCAUCUUUUUGUAAGGAUCCUUCUGUGAUAGAAGAGACCUUUGCUCGCAGAGUGAGCAAAGGAAGUGGAGGAAAGGGUGAGAAGUUUGCCAAAGAUGCUUCAUGGGGCUUCCUUAGCAGCACAUAAUUGCUGUGCUGGAUUUGAAGUCUGCUAGAAAGGCAAAGGUGGAGGAAGUAAAUGAGUUUAGCUGUUGGAGAUUAAUUAUUUCGGCUGCUGAAGAGCUGAACAAAUUCUUGAUGUUGACACACAUUGCAGUGUGUGCUUUGCACUCAAUUGUGUGAGUGAAGUGACUGCUCCAGAGAAAGGUCAUUUGCUUAGUAACAUCCAUGCAUCUUGCUGGGAGGCCUUGUCAGAGCUGUUGCUUCUGCUAUGGCUCCUCUGUGAGACACAAGCAGGCUCUCAGCUGUUUGCUUGCUCCAGGCAGAUCCUCAGUCUGGCUGGUUUUGGUUGCAUCUUACUACAGUACAGCAGCAGCCUUAGGGCCAGGGAAGUUGCUGCUGGUUUCAAUGGCUGGGAAUUCUGCAGAUCACAUCCUCUGAAUCAGGAGGGGAAACAGAGUUUAUUUGGAGGUCAGGUAGUGGUGAGGGGGAACCAAAGCCUAAAGUGCCAGUUGAUAUCAUGGCCCUGAGAAUGGGGACAAAUCAUUGCCCAGGAAGGGAUAUGGGGGGUGCAUUUGAUGGUGUAGCACAAAGAAAAUGAGGAGUUUGGACUGGUUCUAAUGGCAAAAUUAAUAGCAAAGGGAAACCUGUGCUGUUGUUUCCAUUCUCCAUUACUGCAGCAGACACCUCUGGGAGACACAGAAAACUGCCACCAGCCUCAUGGGUUGUGCAGGGAAAUCUGUGGCACAGGGCGCAAGGACAGAGAAAAGCUGCUGGGAGAAGCUGAAGCCUCAAGGCCAGAAGCAGGAAGAAAACAGGCAGUUCCAGUCAACAACUCUCAGCACAGUGGGAAGCCAUGUUUUCUCCUUCCCUGGAACAGCUUCUUUCCUGCCCAGCACCUAAUUCUCAUUCUGGUUACAGCUGCUGAGCAUGACAGGGUAGUUAAGGCUCUGGGUAUGACUGGCUGAUCAAAGAAACCUAAAACUUUUCUCCAUCCAGUGCCAAACACAUGAUAUGGCUCAGGGCAGCCCACAGCUUCAAGCCCUGAGGCAGGAAAGCAGAACUGACUGUGGUGAUUCAUAGAAUACAAAUCCUACAUGAUACGUUUUUUUUCUCCACUGAAAACCAGAUGUGCUUUUCUCUUUCUUACCUGGUGUUACUGCUAAAGCAGUGGUAAAACUUCCUACAGCCAUUUAGUUUUUUAUUGCCUCUCCUGCCAUGGUGGGAGCAGUGUGGCAAAAGAAGCAGGACAAUUGCUCCUGGCUGGCUGCAGCACCCCCACCUUUCCCCUCUGUUGGGAGCUGUUAAGAAAAAACCCAGCACCAGGCAAGAAAAAAGCCUGAAGAGCUGUGGACAACAUCACGUGUGCCGAGACUAAAAGCUUCACUCUGAGUCUCAGCUAGAUGUGUUCCUGGGUUUGAGGUAAGCUUGUAAGAGGUGUCUACUUAGAGACAACAUCAGCAGCUGAAGUAACUGCAGGGAUAAAGAGUGUUUUAGCCACGUGCUCUUCAAGCACCUUAAUGGUCUCCUCAGCAACAAGGCUGCUGAGGGCAGAAGCGCUGACAGCUGGGUGUAUGUGGACAUCAAGACUGGGCUGUAAAGAUGGGAAAAGACAAGGUCAGUAAAGACUGGGCAUGAAUUCCCCUGCUCCUCACACAGGGGCCACGCUGGAAGUUCUCUGCCCUGCCUAGAUAUCCCUCCCCAGCCCCUCAUCCUCUUGCUGUCUCUUCACAGCACAGCCAUUUUAUUCGGCAUGGGGCAAGGCACGACUUCUGCCACUGGGCAAGGCUGCUUCUCCUCUCUGCAAAAUAUCUCAUCUUCCCGCUUGAAACACCCCUGCUGGGAUUUGCUUUCCUCUGUUUGUAUGCUUUCACAGCAACUACCUAGAUUUUAAAUUUGGAUUUCUUGGCUGUGGAAGUCAGGAUCAGAAAAGGUCAGCCAGCAACCCUGUACUUCGAUCUGCAAACAGAGUGGUGAUUCAACUC